AUAAGCAGAGACAAGAAGAGAUGAGCCGAUGGGUGCCAAGUUGGGUCGGUUGGUCUGGUUGGUGACCCCCACCCUGUAUAAAAGCAACCAUCAGCCAGCCGCGACUUCAGUCUUGAGUUCGAACGCUAACGCAGCGUUAUUAAUCUCCAAAAUUAAUAGGGAUCAUCCCUGAGUUUAAGUAAACUAACGAGAGCCUUUGAGAGUACCGGUGAUAGGGAGCCAUGCACUGCUGAUAGAUCGAGAGUUCAAGGGGGAAAAUUGAAUUUUUAUCUUUCAAUUUUUUUUAUUUCCUUUCGCCGGUCCAUCGGCCGAGGGAGCGAGAAUGUGCGCUCGAGUGUGGGCGGCGAUCUUCACCCUGGUGAUUGCAGAGGGAGCUCUGCACAUCGCUCAGGGACAAGAUACCAGGGAGGGAAAGGAGCUGUUGCUCAGUAUCAGGGAUGAUCAGAAGAGCCAGUACCUGAAUCAAGACUUCGAAACGAAUUCGUACAACUACGGAUACGACGUCACUCCGGAUGGCCAGCAGUUUCAUCAUGAAACACUGGGUCCCGAUGGUGUGACGUACGGAUGUUAUGGAUAUGUAGAUCCAUUUGGGAAGAUGAUAGCGGUCUUCUACAUCAGUGAUGGCUGGGGUUACCGAGUUGUUCGGCCCAAGGAGGACAUAGAAAUUUUUCUACACAAACACGAACAUCAUCAGCAUAAUGAUCAUCACGAUCAUCACGAGCAUCAUGGGGUUAUUACUCCCUGGAGGAAUUUACAUUUUCCGGAGACUUGUAGUCGAUAUGAGGGAGGGGCCAUGCGUCCUGGAUCAAAUCCUACGCGACCCGAAUUUCCCACAACGGGAAGUUCUAAUGGCGGUCCGAGUCAACCUGUAAGUCCUCCAUCGGGACCGGGAAUUUCACCUCAGCCGAGUUAUCCGAAUCAACCUGGAGCGGUGACACCGCAGGGACCGUCUCAGCCUGGAACGGGUGUUCCAUUGAGGCCGGAGACACCUUCUCGACCCAGUCAACCCGGCCAACCCGGUGAAGGCUUCCCUCAGAGACCGGCGACGCCGGUGCAACCAACUCGUCCGAAUCAACCCGGGGUAUCCGGACCUCAGAUACCGGGAGAACCGACCCAGCCAAGUUAUCCCAAUCAACCGGGAACAGAUCAACCUCAGAGGCCGGGAGUGCCUGUCCGACCUGCUUAUCAGCCUGGCAGUCCACAGAGACCGAGUUUCCCGAGUCAACCUGGAAUAAAUAAUCCGCAAGCGCCGGGGACAUCAUCUCAACCGGGCUUUCCUGGACAACCCGGAGGGAGCGCUCCACAGAGACCGGGGGCAUCCCCACCCGGAAGUCCGACUCAACCCAGUUACCCUAACCAACCCGGGACAGACACACCACAGAGGCCAGGAGUUCCGGUGCGUCCGACUUAUCAACCUGGGGGUUCACAGAGGCCGGGGACUCCUCAGCCUGGUUUCCCUGGACAGCCGGGGAUAAGCACUCCACAAAGACCGGGGGCUUCUCCACCCGGAAGUCCUUCUCAACCAAAUUAUCCCAAUCAACCCGGAACAGACGCACCUCAGAGACCUGGAGCUCCAGUGCGACCGAGUUAUAAACCUGGGGGUUCUCAGAGACCGGGGACAUCUCAACCAAGUUUCCCAGGCCAGCCGGCAACAAAUCCUCAGCAGAUACCUGGACCAUCUCAACCUGCCAGUCCUCCUCAACCCGGUACAAAUAUUCCUCAGAGACCGGGAGCUCCAGUGCGGCCGAUUUAUCAACCUGGGAGUCCACAAAGACCGGGGGCACCUCCAUCGGGAUUCCCUGGACAGCCGGGGACUUCACAAAGGCCAGGAACACCGUCACAACCGAGUUACCCAAAUCAGCCUGGAAUAAGCUCUCCAGAGAAGCCAGAGACACCCUCCCGACCGAGCUACCCAUCUCAGCCUGGAGCUGGCAUUCCCUCAACCCCGGGAAUUCCUUCAGGCUCACCACCCCAGCCCAAUCCCCCGGUGAACGGACCUUCACAACCGAGCUAUCCAAAUCAACCUGGCAAUACCCCAUCCCGACCUACACCACCCAGCUAUCCUAGUCCACCUCAAGGACAAGUACCCGCUCGACCUGGCCCGCCCUCGUAUAAACCCAGUGCUCCCAGUACACCAUCUCAACCUGGAGGUAAUUUCCCCUCGAGACCCGGGAGCCCUUCGACACCAGGAGCCGGAAGCCCACCGACAUCAGGAGGAUCUCCCUCGCAGCCUGCAUUCCCCACGAACCCUAAUUAUCCAAGUCAACCUGGAGGAAGUGGUCCAUCAAAGCCCAGUGGGCCCCACGGACCGGCUACUUCAGCUCAACCUGGCUACCCGAACCAUCCAGGGACUAAUAUUCCGUCACGACCGGGGGCUCCAGUACAACCGGGAUAUCCGGGCCAGCCAGAGGGUUCUGUGCCAUCAAGACCUAGUGGUCCAUCGUCCCCGGCAAUCCCCUCUCAACCAGAAUAUCCAAAUCAACCGGGUGCUAGUGUUCCAUCAAGACCCGGGUCUUCACCGCAACCGGGAUAUCCAGCUCACCCGGGAUCGACCGGCCCUUCCAGACCCUCGACUCCAGGAUCCUCUCCCUCUCAGCCGGGAUAUCCCGGUCAAUCAGGAAUCCCUCCUCCAUCCCAUGCAGGACAGCCGGCUCAACCAGGGGUGAAUACACCCUCACGACCGAGUUCUCCUGGUCAACCUGCGACAAGCACUCCCGCGCACGGUGCGCCUCCAUCAAAACCAGGCUAUCCAAGUCAACCGGGGCCAAGUGUACCCAUUCGUCCAAGCCACCCUUCGAAGCCCAGUUAUCACCCCGGAGCGAGUUCUCCCGGACGACCCCUCCCUCCAUCACAGCCUGGAGCACAACCCGGCAUCCCGGAGCAACCCAGCCGACCUAGUCAACCAGGAGCGUCUGUACCUGCUCAUCCUGGGAGCCCGUCACAGCAAGGAGGGUCUGUACCCUCUCGUCCCGGAACCCCAGCCCAUCCAGGAUAUCCAAGUCAACCGGGGACGUCAGUACCAUCUCGUCCUGGCAGUCCAUCACAUUCGGGAUAUCCAAGUCAACCCGGGGCAUCUGUACCUUCUCGUCCUGUGAGCCCAUCGCAACCCGGAUAUCCAAGUCAGCCUGGAACGACUGGACCCUCUCACCCAGGAUAUCCCAGUCAUCCAGGAAGUGCGGGGCCAUCCAAACCAGUAGCACCCGCAUCCCCCGAAUAUCCCAGCCAAUCAGAAAAUACCAUUCCAUCUCGCCCCGGAUCUCCCGCUCAUCCCGGCGCAUCUGUACCAUCACAACCAGGAUAUCCCAUUUACCCCGAUAACAGCAUUCCCUCUCGUCCCGGGACACCAGCCCAGCCUAGCCACCCGGGUCAACCGGGCUCAUCUCCUCCAUCUAGACCGAGUACACCAGGAAAACCCGGUUACCCCGGUCACCCAGGACCCAGCGCACCCUCCCACCCAAUCGCUCCGACGAAACCGAGUUACCAACCGGGCCCGAGUUCCCCUGCGCCAGUGUUACCACCGUCAUCUCACCCAGGACAACCAAGUCAACCAGGAUCCUUACCACCGAGCAAACCAGGAAAGCCAGGACGGCCGAAUGCACCUGCCGGGCCGGCAUACCUCCCUCCGAAGCCCAGUCAGCCUCACCCGAAUCCCCCAGGCCAUCCAAAUCGUCCUGGUACAGGAGUCACGUCAAGACCAGGAGCUGUGACCUCUCCUUCACGUCCUGGAUCACCUCCCUCUGCGGCCCCCACUAAGCCAAUCUGUCAAUCGCCUCCCUGUCAAUCCGGAUCGCCUCCGGGAAGCCCAGCAGCACCAAGUUAUCCAUCGUCAGGUUAUCCAGGCUCUUCCGGUCCUAGUUAUCCAGGAGGCGGUUAUCCUCAGCAACCCGGUCCCCCAGCUACACCUUCAUAUCCAGGAUACCCGGACCCAGAUAAUCCCAACUAUCCAGGGUAUCCUCCUGCGCCUGGAGGGCCGCCGGGACCUGGAGGACCCGGAGGUCCAGGCGGGCCUGGAGGCCCAGACGGACUGGGAGGACCUGUCGGUGGAAUCGGCGGUGACGGAGGCACCGGUCCUGCUGGUCCCGAUGGUCCAUGGCCAACAGGUUCACCGGGUCCCAGUGGACCAUGGCCUGGUGAUCCUCGCUUUUCUCCCCAAAACACCCUGAGGACAGUGCCCCCAGGCGACCAAUACAUACCAACUUAUGAAUCUCACCGAGAACCCGAAAUCCCAACUGUUUACAACGAACCACUCAACUACCAACGCAUGAACUAUCCACACUCCGAGCAUGUGGAAGUCCCCCCCAAUCGUCAGCCAACGCCUUUCACUUUGUCGGAGAAUUCCCCGGGAGUCACUCCAGGAAAUCGUCAGACCGAAUACAACGCCUUCCAACGGGCAAUAAUGGCCAACAUGAUGAACGCAGACGACUACACUGAGGACGAGAAGAAUAUAAUAAUGAAUCAAGCAAUUCAGCUGCCCUUCACCCCACAGACCGGACAGGCCCCCCUGAAACCCUACGACGCCCCGAAUUUCGAGGAUCUGGAUUACCAGAUUUCCCAGUACGACGAGAACUACAGAAACCUGCAACCUGAGCCUCCACGUCAGUCGCUCCCUCAAGAGCAACAAAAUCCCAACGACUUCCCAACCCUUCCCCAGAGCCCAACCGAUGCCCCAGGAGUUGACCAGGUAAAUAAAUCCCCCGAAAAUCCUCCCGAAUUCUCAGCGAUCGGUGUCCACCCCCCUGGGCCGAUAAAAAUCAAACCGAUUCCCCUCCCGGUGGGCCCCAACCCCGAGAUGUGCCCCUGUUACAUCGUCGAAUCAAAGAACGCAUCGAAUACCUCCCCAAUCACCACAACUCCCACCCCAAUCCUAGAACCCCAAAUUCCUGAAUCUCCUGUAUAUGGUCAGCUCGGUUUCAUCCCCGUAAUAUUCGUCCCGUACUGCCCCGGUGACGAUCCAGAGGGUGAGAGCAUGACGCGAUCGAUUUUCCCAACAGCAACACCUGUCCCCUACCCCUGCAACGUCUGCGACGGCCAACAGGACAAUCCAAUAAUCGGUGGCAAGCACUUCGACCUGGGCCAGCUGAGCAACAUCAAAGCCAUCAGGCGUGUCCUCAGUGAGGCCAACAUAGGUUACUUGAACGUACCGAGUCUGACCGGACAGUCUCCUCGAUCGCGUUCGCACAGGCGAAAGGUCAAGAGGAGGAAAAGCAGCGACUGAUGCGACCCAGUCGUCGCACGAUGCCCCUGGCUCUCCCCCCUUCACCCCGAUGAGAGUGAAGUGAGAAGAGGCAGAAGCUGAGGGAAUUGGUUUAAACUUCGGCUGCUGGCUAGUCGACAGAUAUUACCGUGGUUGCUUGAGCCGUUGGAACCACCCUCCGCCCUACAAAAUCCCCUCCAUCAUCCCCCCAACUUCCCGACGUCUCAUGCUCAUUCCAGUGAUCGAAGGGAGAAAAUCGUAAUCUUAUGUUUAGGGCUAAUACCGACUGACGAUCGAUUCCACUCGCACUUCACGUAGAUGUAUUUAGCUAUUAGUUACCAUAAUUCAUUUCUAUGAGAUUAUUAAGGUAGUACUGAUAACCCUCGAUUCUCGAGGGGGGCUGCAAGUAAAUUAUACAAUUGUAUAUAUUAACGUUAAUAUUAAUACGCCCUAUGUAUGAUAACAGUUCGUAAUUCUUCUACAUAAAGAAUACAUCAAAAAAUCAAUUAACAACAAUGUAUUUGUAAAAAGUAUUGGAGAAAUCGAUUGUUUAAAAUUACGUUGUUGUACGAGUACGAUAAGUCGAAUAAAAAUACGAAUC